UAUACUGUCUGUACCUAUCCAGUGUUCCUAAUAAAAUGUUCGGUAUGUAUAGUUUAUGUACAUUCAUUUUGUGAGUGAAUAAAUGUGAAUGAACAGUGUUUCCGAAUCUUGAAUCUGAGAUAUGAAGAAUAACAGCGAAAUCGGAAGGAAAACCGCUCCACGGACCUCUCCUUCUCUGUACAGUCAUACAGUCCAGUCAGCUGGAGUCUCGUGCGCACGGAGCGCUAAUCUAAAUUUACUUCAGGCGUCUCGGACCUUAAAGCUGCUGUCAUUAAACAGGGUAACUGUACAGGAAGGAGCAUGAAGCCUAACAUUUGGAAUGUGAAGGAUAUUUUGAAUAUCCCUAUGAACUCUAUGGGUGCAAAACCAGCUAAAGGAGGUGCCACCAGUGACUACUCGAGCCUGCCCGAGUCCCAGUUUCUGUUUGGAUCCCAAACCUGGCCUGAAAAUUCUCAGAGCUUUUCCCAGGAGAUAAGUGGACAGUCCAGAAGCUCUCAGCAGGCUUCACAGGAGAUAAAUGAAACAAAGGUGUCAUCCAGCUAUCACUCCAAGCCUAUGCUGUUUGUUGAUAGCAAAGGAGGCAACAUUUCAGGUGGUAGAGCCAUGGGCAUAUUAGACAGAUUUGAAGAGGAGAAGAGAAAAGCCAAAGAGAUCGAAAUUCUCAUUGGAGUCCGACAGUUGCAUGAAAGUCUGGAAAAUAUCCAGAAGACUUUUCUGAACUGUAUUGAUGGAAGCUGUGACAUAACCCGAGCAGCUGUGGCUGAAGGAAUGGAUAAUUUUAGAAAAACAUUUCAGGAUAAUUUUGCCACCAUAAAGGAGAGCGUAGCAAGUCAGACUGAACUAAUGAUGAGCCAGACCUAUAAAGAGAUGAAGGACAAUGAGGCCAAGACAUCAUUAGCUCUCAAAGAAUUGAGCUCGCUUGUUCUCAACCUCCAGCGGGAUUUGGAAUCACUGAAAUUGGAACAGAGCAAGGAGCAGAGUGUGCUUGGAGAGAUUCUGUCUCUGCUUGGCACAAUAAUGACCGCUCACUCCACUGGAGCUCAGCCAGGCCCUGUCCAGAUGAUUGACAAUACUGUUCAGACAUCACCUGGUUUGGUAGCUCAGUUCUGUGUUGUUUCCGAAGAAAAGCGUUAUUAUGAAGGCAUGAAGUUGUGCACUGAAGCCUUCAAUUACUCUAAGGAAAAAGUAGACCAGAGUAUUUGUCCUGUUAAAAAAACAUCUCCAGAGAAACUUAGCAGAGGAGCAUCUUUCCAGGUCGUAGGCUCUCAGCCUUUUCAGAUGAAGCAGCCCAUAGGAACUGAGAGGUCUGACCCUUAUGGCAGGCAGAAAUCUUACCAUCUACACUCAGUUACAACCAGUUCUCCAAGCCCUGUUGCUACUAGCACUGGCACUGCUCUUGUACAGGAUCCUAAGAAGAAUUACAUGUUUGGAGGCCCUGUGCAUAUAGAACCAGUAAAUUCUUUGAAUGAUAUGACUAAGAACAAAUCAGCAGCAUGGAUUGAGGUGCCCAGAGAGAAAAAAGUACCUAAGAGAGCACAGAGAUGUCAGACCGUCAGGAAAAAGAAGCGAGCCUUGAUUCUGCCACAGAGGCGGCCUAAUCAAGGGAUGUCUUUGAGUAAUGUGUUUGAGGAAAGUCAACACGAUGAAGACCAAGAGAACAGGGUGCCUCAAUCGGUGGUCAGUGCCUAUCAGAAAGCCACCAGAAAGCCAGCUGUUUCAGGGAUCCAUGUGCCACUGCAACAGCCGAGCACAACCAGGUUGUUGAAUUCCAGUGUAUGUGGACAGCACCUGGAACCUUGGUCAUUGUCCCAGAGCAGUAACAGCUCACAGAUGAUUGUGGAAUACCAACAAGCUGAAUGGGAGACAGUAAAGCCUGAGCAAAAAGCCAAUACUAUACAGAGGCAGAGAGUUACCUGGCAGCUCUUUGACUUCAUCAGUGACUCUGAUUAA